UUCAACACCACAACUGAAGAACCGCCUUGGCGCUUCUUAAUACUUGAACAGUUUUCUAAAAACAAUACAAUAGAGUCAAGCAACGUUACCUACAACAGCAAUGUCUGUGAAUUAUGCUGCUGGGCUCUCGCCGUACGCAGACAAAGGUGUUUGCGGACUUCCUGAGGUGUUUGAUAGUCCUGAGCAGCUCAAGGCGAAUGUGGAGACCCUCGCUCAGCUGAUCAGAGACUCUCAGUACCUGGUGGUCCACUCUGGAGCAGGAAUCAGCACCUCAACAGGCAUCCCCGACUUCAGGGGUCCAAGGGGGGUGUGGACAUUGGAGCAAAACGGUGAGUCACCUCACUUUGACACCACCUUCGAAGAGGCCCGGCCCAGCUUGACUCACCUGGCCCUGCUGGGGCUUCAGAGGGCCGGCUACCUCAAGUAUCUCAUCAGCCAGAAUGUAGACGGACUUCAUGCUCGAUCAGGCUUCCCGAGGGAUAAGCUAUCAGAGCUCCAUGGAAACAUGUUUGUGGAGGAGUGUGAGAAGUGUGGCAGGCAGUAUGUCAGAGACAAAGUGAUAGGUGUGAUGGGACUGAAGCCAACGGGACGUUACUGUGAUGUGGUUCGAUCCAGAGGACUCAGAGCCUGCAGAGGGAAGCUGAUAAGCACUAUCCUGGACUGGGAGGAUGCUCUUCCGGACAGAGACCUGAGCAAAGCAGAAGAUGCCAGCAGACGAGCGGACCUGGCUCUGACGCUCGGUACCUCCCUGCAGAUCAAACCCAGCGGAGACCUUCCACUCAUCACAAAACGCAAAGGAGGGAAACUGGUCAUUGUCAACCUGCAGCGCACAAAACAUGUGAGUCUCAAUCAAGCCUCACCAACUGAUGCAUAUAUAUGA